UGUAGCUCAAAGUAGCGAGAGCAAUCCCUGCAAUUGAAUGGGUCCCCUUUGGAGGCGGGAAUCAAAAGUUUGCAUCUUCGACUUCCGUUUUUGCCGUCAUUGUGUAAAGAGCGGGUUCCAUCGAAAAAUACAAAACUUCCAGACAUGGCGUCCAGGAAAACAACACACUUUUCGAGCACCACUAAAAGUACCACCGCAGCUGCAAGAGGAAAUGGUGUCAAUAAAAUGAACAACGCAUCUACAGACAAACCCCAGCACUCUGCUUCUAAAACAAAUGGAGCACCUAGCCAGCCUGGGGAUAUUCAGGCUGCUGGCAGGACAACAGUUUCAAAGAGACCUAACUCGGGCAAACCUGGCAGUGCCAAAGCUGCAUUGGGCCCUACAGCUAACGGAAAAUCAAAAGGAACUACUGUCGCAUCUCGGUACAUGCAGGCUGCUGAGAGGGCAUCUCUUUCAAAGAGUACCUCCCUCAAUGAUUCCGAGGGUAAAGUAAAAAAAUUUGUGUCACCUAAACCCAGCAGUGCUAAACUAAGAGUGGGCACCCCACCACGAUACUCCAUGGGAACACCAACUUUUGGAAAGUCUAAGGGACCACAUCCGAUGUAUAAGACGUUUCUGCAGUCAACCUUCUCCGAAGGACACUGCAAUCGGCCUGACUUUGAUAUUUCAGACAUUGAGGGUAAAGCGGUGCUCAAAAGUGCUAAAGAAGCUGACAGUUGCCCACAAGAUAAGUGGUGGAUUGAGAAGCAAGCAUUGCUCCUAACUUUUCUCACUGCAAAGAUGGAACAUAACACUGACAAGCUGAAGGCCAAGGAGGAGGCAAGGCUAUUGCACAUGAUGGAAGUAGAUGAGGCGCUAUACAGUGAGAUGAUGGAGAAAAAGCGGCAGUACCUCCUGAUGGAGAAGCGAAGACUGGCAAAUGAGCUGCUGGAUUUGCAGAUUUCUGCUUUGACUCCGGUGGCAGAAGCUGCAAAAGACUUCACAGAGUCAUACAAGACUUUGGCCUCUGCUGUUGACACCACACGACAUGAGCUACCUGUCAAGAACUUCCACAUUGCUGGUGACAGGCGGGAAUUUCUCAGUAAAGCAGAGGCUUCUUUGCAGGAGAGUGAGGUACUUCUGAGAGAAUGCACAGAAGGAAAUUAUGAGGACAACCGUGCUGUUCUGGAGUGCCUUAAAGGCAUAAAGAGUUCCUCAAAAGACCUAAAACAGGAGAUGGUUGGGGUGACUUCAGAACUGCUGGAACUGUCGUCGCUGGUCUCUCGUCGCAACGUCCUAACACAGAUGGCUGUGGAGGAGGAGAAACUUGGAGCAGCUAGAACCCUGGAGCUCUUCUGUAAAAAAAUAUCUUCAUGAAAUUUUAAAAUUAUGUCUAAUAAAUAUGUUGCGUUCUUGUUCAGUC